AUGGCGCCCGAACGUGGGGCUCGAGGCACGGCGGCUCACUACUGGACGGCAAAGAGAAAACGUGGUCUGGCCAGACUCACUAGGGUAGAGGUGCCCCAACAGCAUCACUCGUGUGCCGCGGCAGCCUUGAGAUGUGACUGUCAAGAGAGUGUGAUGAAUAUGGGAAGAGACUUUGGACAUUUGAACAGUAAUGCAGUGACCUAUGAUGAUGUGCAUAUUGGUUUCACUUGGGAAGAAUGGACUUUGCUGGAUCCUUCCCAGAAGAAUCUCUACAAAGAUGUGAUGCUGGAGACCUACAGGAACCUCACUAUUAUAGGAUACAAUUGGAAAGACCAUAAUGUUGAAGAAUUUUGUCAAAGCACUAGAAAACAUGAAAGAACACACACUGUAGAGAAACCUCAUGAAUGUAAUGAAUGUGGUAAAGCCUUUCGUUAUCACAGUGUUCUUCAAGUUCAUAAAAGAACACAUACUGGAGAGAAACCCUAUGAAUGUAAUCAGUGUGGUAAAGCCUUUGGUUAUUACAGUCAUCUUCAAGUACAUAAAAGAACACAUACUGGAGAGAAACCCUAUGAAUGCAAUGAAUGUGGUAAAGCCUUUGGUUAUCACAGUGUUCUACAGUUACAUAAAAGAACACAUACUGGAGAGAAACCCUAUGAAUGUACUGAAUGUGGUAAAGCCUUUGGUCAUCCCAGUGCCUUUCAAGUACAUAAAAGAACACAUACUGGAGAGAAACCAUAUGAAUGUAAUCAUUGUGGUAAAGCUUUUGAUUAUCACAGCAGUCUUCAAGUACAUAAAAGAACACAUACUGGAGAGAAACCAUAUGAAUGCAAUCAAUGUGGUAAAGCCUUUAGACAACAUGGUGCUCUUCAAUUGCAUAAAAGAACACAUACUGGAGAGAAACCCUAUGAAUGUAAUGAAUGUGGUAAAGCCUUUCGUUAUCACAGUAAUCUUCAAGUUCAUAAAAGAACACACACUGGAGAGAAACCCUAUGAAUGCAAUCAAUGUGGUAAAGCCUUUGCACAACAGAGUGCUCUUCAAGUACAUAAACGAACACAUACUGGAGAGAAACCCUAUGAAUGGAAUCAGUGAUGUAGAUCCUUUGCAUAUCACAGUAGUCUUCAAGGGCAUAAAAGAACACACACUGGCAAGAAACCCUAUUAAUGUAAUCAAUAUGGUAAAGCCUUUGCUUGUCACAAUGCUUUUCAAAUGCAUAAAAGAAUAUAUACUGGAAAGAAACUCUAUGAAUGUAAUCAUUUUGGUAAAGCCUUGGUAUGUCACAUUGCUCUUCAAAGACAUAAAAAAACACAUGCUGGAGAAAAACCAUUUGAAUGUAUUUAGUGUGGUAAAGCCUUUGCACAACACAGUUAUCUUCAAGGACAUAAAAGAACACAUACUGGAGAGAAAACUUAUGAAUGUAAAUAGUGUAGCAAAGCCUUUUGCACAUCAUAGUAAUGUUCAAGUACAUAAAAGAUGUCAUACUGCAGAAAAACCCUAUGAAUGUAACAAUGUGGGAAAGCCUUUGUACAACAGAGCAUACUCUUGAAGUACAUAAAAGAACACCUACUAGAAAGAAAUCCUAUGAAUGUUAUUAAUGUCUUAAAGCCUAAUAACAAUAUAUGGCAACCUUAUAACUGUAUAAUGUCUAGUGUGUAAUUGGUCU